UGAAUGGGCUCUUCUGAGAAGGCUUGUCCUCACACCAUGACUGCUGACGAGUCAGAAGCUGGAGAGUUAGCUCUGGAGCCUCUCCUCACUUGCAAGCUAUGUCUCUGUGAAUAUUCCCUGGAUAAGAUGACCACUCUUCAGGAAUGCAGCUGCAUCUUUUGUACAGCGUGUCUAAAACAGUACAUGGAGCUGGCAAUUCAAGAAGGUUGUGGUUCCCCUAUCACAUGUCCAGACAUGGUAUGCUUGAACCAUGGGACCCUACAAGAAGCAGAGAUUGCCUGUUUGGUUCCUGUUGACCAGUUUGAGUUAUACAAGAGGUUGAAGUUUGAACGAGAAGUCCACUUGGACCCUCAGAGAACAUGGUGCCCCACAGCUGACUGCCAAACAGUGUGCCACGUUGCACUGAGCGAGUCGGGAGCACCGGUGCCAGUGGAGUGCCCCGCCUGCCACCUGACCUUCUGCUCCUCUUGCAAGGAGCCAUGGCACGGGCAGCACCUGUGCCAGGAAAACCAAACUACUCCAGUACCAACCGAGCAGGGAUUCCUUAUUGGAGCAGAGACAGAGGCGCCAAUUAAGCAGUGCCCAGUUUGUCGAAUUUAUAUUGAGCGAAACGAGGGCUGUGCUCAGAUGAUGUGCAAAAACUGCAAGCAUACAUUUUGCUGGUAUUGUCUACAGAACUUGGAUAAUGAUAUUUUCUUACGACAUUACGACAGAGGCCCUUGCAGAAACAAGCUGGGCCACUCACGGGCUUCAGUGAUGUGGAACAGAACACAGGUUGUGGGGAUCCUCGUUGGACUAGGUAUCAUAGCAUUGGUGACCUCGCCAUUGCUGCUUGUGGCAUCUCCAUGCAUCAUCUGUUGCAUUUGCAAAUCUUGCCGGAGCAAAAAGAAAAAACACAGCCUGCCGACAACCUAAAACUUUGUGUCUUUUUGAGUCUCCAUCUGUACAACAUAUACAUGUGAGAAAGCACAAUGGUUGUGUUUGGGUGCCAUUCCUACCAAAUAACGCUCCCUUUUUUUUGCCAGUUCUUGGGAUAAGUGCCUAUUCUUUACAGGCUACUCUAUCAGUAACAAAUCCUAGUGGGGGAAAAGUCUAGAUUAUUGUGCAGUACGUAUAGUGUAGGUUUUUGCUUCCUGAAGAGGGAAACAGGACACCAUUCAGUACUUCAUACCACUGAUAUGAUCCACCGUUCAAGACCAAUAGAGCAUUCCCAUUUUCCAUUGGCUGCACUCGAUGACUCGAUCCUGCUGCAUUACUCUGUCUUUGCAGAUCUAGUCAUUACUAUUACUGUUGUGCUUGCUGUUGGUUCUUGGUGACACUCAGAUUUCUCAGAAAAUUUUGGGUCUUUUGUAAAAGAGGGAGAGGGAAAAGCCUGAUUAGGUCCUUCUGUCUGCUAGCUUGUGUCCAGUUAAAUGUAACAAACCAUUAAGAAAAAUAUGUUUGGUAGUUCCCUGUCAAUUGGCUGCCAUAGCUUUUCUUUCAGCAUUGAAAUCCAUUUGAUUUUUACCGUUGAUCUCAGCUACAGAAGUAAAAAAACAACAAAACUGUUUCUAAGAUACGGCUUUAUUCUGAGAGACCAGACUACCACGAGAAAGCUGCUUUUUUUUUCCACAUCAAACAUGACGUAUCUACCAAGAAAUAUUAGGAAUAUGCAUAUUUCCCUAGCACUGGGCAUGCCUUUUGUCAGUACCAUGGGUGCAGCAAACUCACAGUGAAGGUAAUGUUUUAAGAAAGACUGUGAUACAGUUCCCAUUUUGUGUCCAGCGUUGGGAUCCUGGCUGUGUGUGUACAGAGCAUGGCACGGGCACAGAUGUACCAAGUACAUAUGGGCAGUCAGCAUCUUUUUUUCAACAGUUUACAUGGGGUGGCAGCACUGUUAAAAAGUUAUUGAAACCAGGCUGAGCCAAGCCUUCCUUCAGAACGUUAUGGACAUGCUGGAGUGAAUGCUUGAGAAAUGCUCUGUAAAUGUGAGCUCCCUCCAUUGGUGGGUAUUUCUUUCGUCCUGCUCAAGGUUAACAAACUCUGUUUUUGGUAUUUUUUAGUAACUCAGAAUCUAGAAAGCUAUCAUUUAAUAAGUGCUUCAUUUUAAUUUGGUGCCUCACCACCAAACCAAGUCAUACCCUGGUAUCAGUUACACCUGUAUGAGUUCACUGAAAGCUCACUGAAGAGCUGGAAUUACUCCAGGCUCAGUCAGGAGUAGCUGAGAUCAGACUCUACUCUCUGGAGUUUAUUUCCUUAAUGGAUAAUUCUCCUCACAGUCGGGGCGCUUUUGUUCUGGACUCCCGUCUGUGCUUUCUGUACCUUUGGGAACAGAUACAAGUUUGCACUAUACAAUUGGUUGUAAUUCCAAACCCCUUUCCAUGAGGGCUGCGAGGUUUGCAGGAGAUGCUGGGCCCGAGCGUGGUGUCGGGCUCGCGCUCAGCCCUCUCAGAGCACACGGCGCGGGUCACCCGGAGGGUGCUGCGAGGGUGUCUGUGUGUGGUGUUUGGCUGAGCCUCAGGAACUUUGCCUUCUUGGCAGCUGUAAAUGUGACCUUUUUUUUCUGUUUAACUUAGCUCCUGGUUACUGUAACAAAAGUGGCAGGUGUUCUUUUGAGAAAGUGUAGUAUGUUGAGCAGACUAGCAAGGACAGAGGCCUUAACAGAUACUGUCUGUUUUACUUUUUAAUUGAUUUCUUUUAUAAAUACUGUCUGACUUUGCUACCAGUCGUGGCUGGAGGGCAGGCAGUGCUCGCCAGUGUGAAAGGCUAUAUUUAUUCUUCAUCCUCAGCUUUGAAGGGAAGCAGAAUGGUAGACAGUACAUUCUAAAUACAGAGUGCAAUGCAGGCAACUGCCAUUUAUAAUAAAUAAAGAAUGUUUUCUGUAUGUGUUUUCAUGAAGAGCACUAAUGGUAGUGCUUUGGGGUACUUGUGACAGAUUAAAGUGUCCAGCCCUUGGCUUUGCACUAUUUUUCUACCUACGUUUUUAUGGCACUACUGUCAUUUCCAUUUUAUUUAUGAACUUGAAGUUGCAAGUCUUACUUUAACAAAGCCUCAAGGACAAAGAUGUAGGAGCUGUACAGUCUCUUUAACCAUAACCAGCAUUGCAAUGUACCAGUAUCUUUGCAUGUUAAAAUUUGAGGGUUUUUCAUGUUUUGUGAUCUUAGCCAUGACCGAUGCAUCCUUUGCUAGUCUGGUUUCUUUCCUUGUCCUCUCCCUCUUUCUGUUGGCCUGUUUUAUCUAAAAUGCCUAUUGGAAUGAAGGUGUCGGACCCUUUUUUCAUUAAUACCGUUGUGUUAAUGAAACUGUCAGAUUCUUCCCUCUGUUAAAGAAACGCAGCCAAAGGCACCUCUCUUGCACCACUUUAGAUGUCUGGUGGGUUUUCCAAAACUGGUAUAAAUGAAUUAUGAAGGAGUUAACACAGCCUGGCAGUCUCAGCGCCAGUCCAGGCAUGUAAGAAAUCUAGACCUGGAUUGGUACCCCAGGCUUUUGCUGAAGGUCUUCACACAAAAACUGGAUAAGGGGAGCAUGAGCUACAGGCACCACUUCCUUUGGCUGUGUAGGUGCAAAAAAUGGACCAAGAAAGAAGCUCAAGAUAUCUUCAGAGCUUAAAAUUAAAAGCUUUACAACAAUGAUUUUCUUUAAAAGGCUGUGUCCAUAUCCUGGCUUACAUUGCAUGGGAAUACUUGAGCAUGUGCAUUAAUGUGCAUUAGUGUGCAUUAAGUAGAUCCUGGCCCGGCUGAGACGAGCAAUACCUGCGCUGAAGUGCUGGGAGCAGGAAAGCCCCAUUGCUUUGUUUUCCAGAAGGCAGCUAUUUUGCACUAGCUGGCUGUGCUCACAGAGUUUCCAGAGAAACAUUUUAGCAGGAAUCUUUUUACAGUGUUGGCUUUUGCUUUUGUGUUUCUUUGGGUUUUUUUGUUUUUUUUUUUAAACUUUAUAAGAAACAUUAGAGUCACUUUAUAAAAGAUUUAUUGAAAGCAUGACAAAUAAUACUAGUAAUAAUUAGGGAGAACAGAAAAAAAACCUCAGGAUUCUGACUACAUCUGACUCUUCUUAAUUGAGGUAAAUCCACCCUCCUGAGCUCCGUCUGUGUGAUGUAGCUGGUGCAUAUUACUACCAGGCUUCACUGCUCUUCCCAUCUCUUCACCAUAUCAGGUGGCUGCUAUGGGGGCAGCAGACAGGGGAGAGCACAGGGCUGUGGCAGUGCAGGUACCACACAGAGCACAUUGCCAGUUUGUUCUUGGGCCUUUAACCACCGAGAGACACCUUGGGGGUGGGAUUUACACCUUUAAUGUUACACUGAGAACAUUCACAGACAUAUCUCGUGGAGAAUGAAAGUGAAAAAUACUCCUCUGAAUGAGGAGCAUUCAGGCCUUAUGAAAAUUGGGCUCUAGGUCUUUAAAGGUCAGUUCCUAAAAUUAAGAGACCAGUGCUAGAAACCUGCAUUUGUACUGCUUCUGGCCACAAAUCUCUGUGGCCACAUAUCCUGUCAUUUCCCAUCAGUCUCUGGGUCUGUGUCAAAUACAGCUGAAGAUCCCAUUCAGCAUUCCAUGUCCUUGUGUUAAAAUGAGGAUGAUGAUAUCUUCUCCCAGAUUGAUCUCUUAAUAAAAAGAAGAUACUUGUCAUGCUGCAGCAUAAGUGCAUCUCUGCAGUAUUUAUUCCAGAACUAUAGUGGGUGUUCAGUGUUGCCCUUUGGUAAGUGAUGGUUUAUUUUUGGUGUAUGGAGUUACUUACCCCAAAGAAGGGCAUGAAGGGUAAUGAUAAUGAAUGUUUCUCAGUGCUUUAAUGACGCUAAAUGCUGCAUCUUGUUGUCUGUCCAGUUACACAGCAUGAAGUCCAAAGAUAAGUUUAAAAUGUACACAAAUUUUACUUGAAUGAACUAGGAGAAACUGGAUAUUGCCUCCAUAUUUGCAUGAAGAAAUCAUUACAAGCGGACAGAUACAACUGCAUUUCCACAAUGGGACAAUAAAACCAACUUUUGGCUGCUCCAUUUUUUGGUACCACAAUGGGCAGUUGUGCUGUAAUGACUGUCGCUUUAAAAAUUUGAAAUCUGUUUUGCACUGUAAUCUCUUUCUCCCAGUCAUUCUUUCUCAAACUAAUUCCUUUUAUGAUCUUAUUUUUCAUCCUGUAUUUCCAAAUAGGCCAAAGAUUCUUAGAACAAAGCUAGUAGAUGUCUUUGUAUGAGGAUAAAAAUCUUGCAGCCAUUUUCUCCCAGGUUUGAAAAAGAAAUUUGAUGCUGAGUUACUGGACCAAAGAUGAAAAUUCCAGACCUGGCUUGUUUAGGAAAAAACUAUUGAGACUUAAGAGGUUCUCUUGUAAGACCUAAAUAAGGGCUGCUUUGUUGGAAUUCAUAGAUAAGGGAGCUCUUCAGCUUUUGAGCUUCACAGAAGAGAUGCUUCUAUUGUUAAGCAGAUUUCUUUGGAAGUGUGCUGGGAAAUAAAAAAAAUCUACAUCCUGUAUACAUAUUUUCAUUAUAUAAAUAAAAAAAUGCUUCUCUUGUAUAGAUUCAGAAUGUAGGCAUUCAAACUCUCUAGAGACUUUUUAGAGUAUACUUACCCAGGAAGAUAAUCUUAUAAAUAUGCUGAGGCAGUUGAACAGAGUGUGCUAGUUAUAAAACAGUUGUCAGACAUCUCUCACCCAUGAGUGUGUAGGAUGAAAUCGUAAUUUACAUGGCUAGAAAUAAAGAUGCGAAAAAUUACCUUUCCUGGAACAGCAAGAGUUGGUUCUUCUGCAGUUGUCUGGAAGGUUAACUUACUGCUAAGACUCUGGAGAACUUCAGUCUCGUUUUCAUUUGUCCUUUAGUUAGUAAAAUAGUGAAGUGAGAACUGAAUGGUGUUGCUGAACAGGAAACCCAAAGGUCUGUCUUGUGUCAUGACAUGCAACCUCAUAACCAAUAUGGUUUUAUAAUUUAUUAUUAUAAUUUAUGCAAUGCAAUAUAAUUUAUUAUUGAUAAUUAUAAAAUACUAAGGAUGAAGUAUCAUUGCCUUUAUCAUAUGAUAGAUUUAUUUAAAUUGCAUUCAUCCUGGAAGGCUUUUCUCUUCUGCUUCCCAUAGAAAAGGUCAUGGUGCACCUGGCAAAGUAAAUUUCUGUGAUCUGGUGCAGUCCGCAGUAAAUGUUUCCUACUAUUUUGUAGUUACAUCAGAGGUUUUUUUAUGGUCCCUCAAGUUAGUUGUUUGAAUCGAGCAAAUCUCUGUCAUUAGGAAAGGUAAUUUCCUAGCAACCAAUUUUAUUGACCAUCACAAUCUGAGCUAUAAAAGAUGAUAGUGGUUGACGAUCAUGAGCUGGUCCACCAGCUCUUUAGAGGUAACGACCUCAUUCUUCUUUCUUCUUCCCAAGAAACUUUCUCUUUUCUUGGAUGAAAAUUAAGGAUGUUGUUAAUUUGCUUGUGCCUUCUGGAUGUCCAGACAGAAGCUGCAGCUUCUGGUGGCCAUGUGCCGGGGAGAUCCCAGUGGGAAUGAAUGUGCGAUGCUGCAGCAUGUAUGCAGUGAGUUGCUUAAAUUUCAAGAAGGUGCCUGAGCUGCAUGGCUUCCUGAGGCCCAUGCAGUGGAUGUGGUCCCUCACAAGGGACUUGUCCAUGUGAGGAUUCAAGUGCCACCAGCUCUAUGGCACGUGUUGCGCUGGGCCAUCCCACCAUGUUCAAGCAUAUCCCAGAUGUUCAUCAGGGGCUCUAUCUCAAGCUUGCCCUUUCCAUAGCUACCCACCCACUUCCUAAACACCCCAGAACACAGAGCAAAUCUGUUUCAUUUUCCAAGUCUUUUGCUGCUGGCCUGGUCCAGUUUCACAAAAGCUUCAGUUCACGUGAGCUAUUUGGAGCUCAGCUGGUCUGAUCAAUCAGUUUUCCCUAAUGAGCAAGGCUUGGGAAUGAAGAGAAGCAGAACUGUUCCAUACACAGGUACUGGCAUCACAGGCACCAAGGGUCACCGUGUGAGAGCUCUUUUAAUUGCUUCAGCAUUGCUUAUUUCUGUAAAAAGCCUGUGUUUUACAUGUGUGUAGAUGGAAGUGUCCAGGCCUGACACUGGGCGUGUUUGUGCACGUGGUGUGAGCCAGCAGAGGCCACGGACCCCUGUCCUGCCCCUCGCAGAUUUUACAUUCUGUUUAUUUUUUUUGGGUUUUUUUUUCUUUUCCUACAGGUAAUACACUUUCUUCACCACUUUUCUUCUGGUGAAGGGCAAAAGGGUUUGAUCUUUGUAAGAUUUGUUAAAAUAUUUUUUGUGUUUAUAAGAAGAAGGCUGACAUGUAUAAAGAAAUAAGUGCUUUUGUAAAUUUUUUUUUUGUGGUAUGAUUCAGCUUUUAAAUGUUUUACAGAUGCAGUUUUUUGCACUCUCUCUGCAUAUAUUCAUAAAAAUUAUAUUUAUUUUCUGUCUUUAAGGUUUACUUUGGGUUUUUUUUUCUUCUGAUGUUAUAAAAUGCAGUAUGUGCAACAUUAAAAAACUAGUGUAAAGACAUUGUCUCAUUUUGUUGUAAUCUUCAACUGCCUUUUAAAAUAUAACAGAAAAUUUAUGGAGAGAAUUUGAAUUCAUCAGAUAUGCUUAAUGGAAAUCUUGAGGAUAAAAGAAGGUAAAAGAGCUGGGA